UCACUGCAGAACCAAGGACAGCUCUGCAACACUACAGGGCCAAUGUGAAAGCUUUUGCAAUUGCAAGGGCCUCUGAAUAAAGACAUUUCAAUCUGGGGUUUGAACCAAGAGGUACCUGUCCUCUUGAAGGACACGUCAGUCACACUGCCGCUCCACGUUUUGCUUUCUAAUCGUUGGCUGCAUGUUUAGCCAGGUAAUUACCUGUUAAGCUGCUGCAACUGAAGGAGGUCAGGAUACAGAACAGACAGGAUAGUGUGCAGCCAUUCACAAUACAAGUGGAGCACUACUCAAGGAGGACGAGAAGGGCUGUGCUGCUCGUUUUGCUGUUUUCUACUCUAAACAUUUAGCAGAGGGAAUUAAGCAUGUCUAAAGCAGAAGAGCGGACAGCCUCUACAAGUUCAGUCAACUCAGCUGCAUCAGAAAUUAGCAGAGAUGGUUCCACAUCAGGUUCAGUCUCUGAAACACCCAAGAAAUCAUCAAAGAAGUCCAAGAAAUCCACUGAGAACAUGAACAAAGUCUACAACUCUGUGCUCAACAGUGUUUUUGGGGCGGAGCGAGAAUUAGCUCAGGCUGAGUUGGAUGAGUUGCAAGAGGCCUUCAAAGAGUUUGACUAUGAUCAAGAUGGAUACCUGAACUACAAGGAUGUGGCUGAAUGCAUGAGGACCAUGGGAUACAUGCCCACAGAAAUGGAGCUGCUAGAGAUAGUACAACAGAUCAAGAUGAGAAUGGGCGGGUUAAUGGAUUUUGAGGACUUUACUGAACUGAUGGGACCCAGGAUGAUGGGGGAGACUGCUCACAUGCUCGGACUCAAAGAGCUCCAGUCAGCCUUUGUGCAGUUUGACCUCGACGGAGACGGAAAGAUCAACCAGGACGAGAUGAAGGAGGCAAUCAAGACAAUGCUGGGGGAGAAGCUGAAGAAAGGAGAACUGGAGGAGAUCUUAAAGGAGCUGGACAUCAACUCAGAUGGAAGCAUUGACUUUGAAGAGUUUGUGAUGAUGCUCUCCAUUCGCUAGUUGCUGAGAAGACCGACCACAAGGACAAGAUACACUAACACUUCUGAAUCAUUCCAUAGAUAGUUAAUACUAUGAAUGUAAUGCAGGUAUAGACAUCUACAACAUAAUGUGUGCCUAACUGUAAUAACUGUAUGACUUGCUAAGAUAUUCUGAUCGAUACAUGAACGUUUUGCAGUGAUGUUACAUGUAAAUAAGACUGAGAUGUUUUGCUAUUUUUAAUAAAGAAAUUAAAAUGA